CCUUUUAUGUGAUUGGAGUUUAUAAACCUGAAGCUAUACUUCGUAUACGCGCCACGUAUAGAUAUAAAUGCACAUUCAGCUUCCGACUUCAACAUCACAAUCCAAUCUCCAAGACCACGCUCAUCAGGCAGUCCUCCGGCAAACAACAAAAAAAAAAAAAAUUAAGCAAACAACUAUUUUACAGCAGAGUAGUAUUACAAGGCACAAUGCACUUUACAGCUCUCACCUCCUCCUUAUGCUGCUCACUCUCGUUCUCAUAGGACAUCCUCCCCAGGCAAGUAAAACCGCCAUGGUUCUGGAACACGGGCAGCCUCGCCAAGAAGCUGUGGACCAUCCGCGGCAUGGACGAGAUCGAGAGGGCCACCACCAACGUCACCAACGUCUACCCCCUACGACCGCCGCUGCAGCAACCAGUACGCCAACGACGACAUCGAGCGCUGCCCCCGCCCCCGCUCGAACCGCUCGAGAGAUUGCGCACAUCGAGCUGGGGCGGUGCUAUACGACGAGGACAGCGUCCGUGUCGCUGCGCUUGUGGGACACCAGGCUGGGCGUGAGCCAGUAGGUCGAGUGCAGGACCUACUGGCGCACUAGCUGCCAGGGCAUUGCUUCUUUGCCGCUGGUGUUUGAGGAGAACUUUCAGUGCCGCGACAUGGUGGAAAGGGACAACUAUCAUGGGUGGUUCAAGUCACUUAUGUGUGUAUAUCUUGUGCGGCAGCAGGUGUGGCUGAAAGAUGUGAAGCAGGGUUGAUAUAAUGGUAGAGAGAUUGGCAGAAACAUGGGAGACAAAUAUGAGAAGAAAAUAGAAUCUCAUAACGACAAGCACACAGCUAUAUCACUC